UUGACACUCUGCUUUCAAGCUUGAAAACAUGUAAGAAAUGUAAGCUAGGACCUGUGCCUUUGACAAUUUACAGUGUGGUCGGUGAAAUGAAAAAAGGGCUGAGUGGAUACCUGUAUGUACAAUGCCAGAAUAUAGAGUGUGGAUAUAUAAACUGUGUUCCCCAUGGAAAGACACAUCACAUGAAACAGAAAGGAAUGCCCUGUUUUGCUGUAAAUACAAAGCUUGGAACUGCUAUGAUUGACAGCAUUGGUGACCCCGUGCGGGUGAACAAUUUCUUGUCAACAUUAAACAUCCAACCAAUUGUUAACUCUAAUUUGAAAAAAAUGGAGAGAAGGGCUGGUGAUGUUGUAGAAAAAGUUGCCCAACAGUCUGCUGCAGCUGCAGCAAAGGAUGCUUUCACGAAAGAGAUGGAGGAUGUGGCGCAAGUAGAAACCGACGAGGCAGCAAAAUCUAUGGAAGGUGUAAUUGAUGACCUGGGCGUUGCUACAUUUCCAGAUUCAUCUCCAAGUUUGAGGUAA